ACUCCCAAAAUUGCGAUAAUGAAGGCUCAGCAAAUUAUAAUAAUGAAGGCUUGCCAACUUAUACAUCUGAAAGUGAGAAAUAUUUAAGCGAAGAAUCUAUUCAGGACUUUAAUGAACAGGAAUUUCAUAGAAACUUUCAUACUGCACAGAAGGUUUUAAAAAAUAAGAAUAAUGUUGUUUCUCACAAACGGGCUCUUAACAUUACCAAUAAUCAAGAAAACAAGUGA